GGCUGCGCGCGCGGACGCAGGAAGUGCGGGCGCCGGGCGGGCGCGGGGCGGGGGCGCGGCGCUGGCGGGCCUGCGGGCGCGGGGCGGGGGCGCGGGUCCGUGCCGUCUGCGCGGCAGCCAUGAGACGAGACGUGCGCAUCCUGUUGCUGGGCGAGGCCCAGGUGGGGAAGACGUCGCUGAUCCUGUCGCUGGUGGGCGAGGCGUUCCCCGACGAGGUCCCUCCGCGGGCGGAGGAGAUCACGAUCCCCGCGGACGUCACCCCCGAGAAGGUGCCCACCCGCAUCGUGGACUCCUCAGAAGCCGAGCAGACGGCGGCCGAGCUGCAGGACGAGAUCCGCAAGGCGAACGUGGUGUGCGUGGUAUACGACGUCUCCGAGGAGGCCACCAUCGAGAAGAUCCGGACCAAAUGGAUCCCGCUGGUGAACGGAGGGACGGAGGCUGGACGCAGGGUGCCCAUCAUCCUGGUGGGCAACAAGUCGGACCUGCGGCCCGGGAGCUCCCUGGAGGCCGUGCUGCCCAUCAUGAGCCAGUUCGCUGAGAUUGAGACCUGCGUGGAGUGCUCGGCCAAGAGUCUCAGGAACGUCUCCGAGCUGUUCUACUACGCCCAGAAAGCCGUCCUGCACCCCACGGCCCCCCUCUACGACGCGGAGGCCAAGCAGCUGCGGCCCGCGUGUGCCCAGGCCCUCACGCGCGUCUUCAGGCUGUCAGAUCAGGACCUGGACCAGGUACUCAGCGACCAGGAGCUCAACGCCUUCCAGGAGUCCUGCUUCGGCCGGCCGCUGGCCCCGCAGGCCCUGGAGGACGUGAAGAUGGUGGUGAGCAGGCACGUGGCCGGCGGCGUGCGGGAGGGUGGCCUGACGCUGGAGGGCUUCCUCUUCCUCAACACCCUGUUCAUCCAGCGUGGCCGGCACGAGACCACCUGGGCCAUCCUGCGCCGCUUCGGCUACAGCGACGCCCUGCAGCUCACGGCCGACUACCUCUCCCCGCCGCUGCACGUGCCCCCCGGCUGCAGCACGGAGCUCAGCCAUCUCGGCUACCAGUUUGUGCAGAGAGCUUUCGAGAGGCAUGACCAGGACCGGGACGGCGCCCUCUCGCCCGCCGAGCUGCGCAGCCUCUUCAGCGUGUUCCCCGAAGCCCCCUGGGGGCCCGGGCUCCCGAGCACCGUGCCCACCGAGGCCGGCCGGCUGCCGCUGCACGGCUACCUGUGCCAGUGGACCCUGCUGGCCUACCUGGACGUGCAGCGCUGCCUCGGACACCUCGGCUACCUGGGCUACCCCACGCUCUGCGGCCAGGACUCGCAGGCCCAGGCCAUCACAGGUGGGCGCCCACGCCUGCGGCCCCGGCGCAGCCCCUGCCGGCGGCUGCCCUCACCCGGCCCUGUUCACAGUCACCCGCGAGAAGCGGCUGGACCAGGAGAAGGGGCAGACCCAGCGGCGCGUGCUCCUGUGCAGGGUGCUGGGGGCCCCGGGCGUGGGCAAGUCCGCCUUCCUGCAGGCCUUCCUGGGCCGCGGCCUGGGGGAGUCCCCCGCGGAGCCCCCCGCCCACGCCAUCAACACCGUGCACGUCCGCGGGCAGGAGAAGUACCUGAUCCUGUGCGAGGUGGGCGCCGAUGGGCUGCCGGACACCAGCUGCGACGUGGCCUGCCUCCUGUUCGACGGCAGGGACCCCGAGUCCUUCCUGCACUGCGCCGGCCUCUACAAGGCAAGUGCCCGCCCAGGGGCCGCGGGGCACCAGCGCGCCAGAGCCAUGAGCCCUGCCUCACCGGGUCCUCCCACAGCGCCACUACGUGGACGGGCAGACGCCCUGCCUCUUCGUCUGCUCCAAGGCUGACCUGCCCGAGGGCCCCGCUCCGCCUGGCCCGUCCCCCGCCGAGUUCUGCCGGCGGCACCGGCUGCCCGCCCCCACCCCGUUCUCCUGCGCGGGCCCCGCCCCGCCCCGCGCCGCCGUCUACACUCAGCUCGCCACCAUGGCCACCUUCCCACACCUGGCCCCGGCAGAGCAGGGCCCCUCCCGCUCCUGGCUGCGGGGCCUGCUGGGCGCCCUCGGGGCUGCGGCGGUCGCCAUCCUUAGCUUCUCGCUGUACAGAGUCCUCAGGAGCCGAUGAGCCCCCCCCCCCCGGAGCUCGGCAGGACUGUGGGGCUGGACCAUCGCCCGCAGGCUGCCGGGUGGGCCUCGUGUGGGCUGGGGAGGUGGCGGCCCGGCCGCGGGUUCUCAGGGUCCCCUUUGGCCUGGCCUCGGCCAGCCAGUGGGCAAGGGCGGCAGGAGGUCGGGUUUUCUGAUUAAACUGCACUCUGUCUCCCAUC